CGAUCUUGAGUCCGUUUUCUGGUUAAAACCAGUACUUUUAUUUAUCUUUAUCGGUAGACCUGAUCUGGCUCGUGUACUUCCGGUUGCUAGGCGGACACUUUAACCAUGAGACCCAUCGGAAUGGGCGAGAUGAACGCUGUUAUGAACGGAGUUGAUUUCCGUACACGUCACAACGACUACCGCCUGGCGAUGCCGGCGUCUAAUAACACAUAUAACGCCCAGGUGGAUAUCCCGUUCCCGGAAGUUCCACCGCAGGUUCUCAGUAAAGCCACAGUUGAAGAACAAAUUGCUGAAAUGAAACUCUGGUUUAAAGCGUUCAAGAGUCAAAAUUACACGGAGCGGGACUACAGGAAGUACUUCAAACCGGUAUUCUGCUACCUGGAGGGCGCCUGGACGACCAGCACUGAUAAGCUCGAGGAACCAUUUUUCAGCGACAGGCAUUUCAUCGAAGCCUCCAGCUCAUUUGACCUCCAGGAAAGGUCAGGCAAUUACCAAAAAAUGACGUUUUGUAUUGUGUGUUUUUAACCAUGAUG